GAGGCUGUGAAGGUGGGGACGGUGCCUGGGCCUGUGGCUGCCAGAGCUUUGAGGGAUCGGGAGGUGGCACCGGGCCCCGUGGGUGCUGCAGGGACGUUGCCUGCCCACCAUGGGGACCCUCAGCUGCGACCAUGCCCCACGGCUGGGCCGGUGCGUGACGGAGAGCCAGAUUCCGAAGACCGGCCUGAGGAAGUCCUGUGGGAUGGCCACCCUGGAGAACGGCUCGGGGCCAGGCUUGUACGUCCUGCCGCCCACGGUGGGCUUCAUCAAGCACGACUGCACCAGGGUGGCCGGCCCCGCCUACUCGCUCGUCCGGAGGCCCAGUGAGGCAGCCCCUCAGGACACCAGCCCCGGACCCGUCUACUUCUUGGACCCCAACGUCACACGCUUUGGACGCAGCUGCACCCCUGCCUACUCCAUGCAGGGCCGUGGCAAGUCUCGGGGUCUGGAGGUGACGCCAGGCCCCGGGGCCUACAGCCCAGAGAAGGCACCCCCCAUGCGCCAUCGGACACCCCCGGCUUUCACCCUGGGCUGCCGCCUCCACCCGAAGCCCCUGGACACCUCGGCCCCUGCCCCUAACGCCUACACCAUGCCCCGUCUGUGGGGCUCGCAGAUCUUCAUCAAGCCCAGCAGCCCCAGCUACACGGCGGCGGGCCGCACACCCCCUGCCCGCCCCCCUCAAGAUCCCGCCGAGAUACCCGGCCCGGGCCAGUACGACAGCCCCGACCCAAACGCCUACCGCCCGCGCCUGCCUGCCUUCACAAUGCUGGGGCGGCCCCGGGCCCCGCGGCCCCCGGAGGACACACCCGGCCCUGGCACCCACUGCCCCGAGCAGGUCACGGUGAACAGGGCCAGGGCACCUGCGUACUCCAUGGGCACCCGCCACUCGCCCCGGGCGCGCGCCAUGGCCGCUGCCACGCCUGCACGGCUGGCGGGGCUCAGGUUGCCUGGCCGCUACUGCUAGGCCAGGCCUGUUUGGCCAAGGUGAACGGGGAGUGGGCGGC